AUGAGCUUCGGAUUUAGCCUAGGUGACCUGGUCACGGUCCCACAGUUCGCAUGGAACGUGUACCACACAUGCAAGAAUUCGCCCUCUGAAGCUCGAGUCAUCGCAUCGGAGCUAUUCACCCUGUGUGGUAUCCUACAGACCUUGGGCGACGGGAGGGUUCAUUAUAUGCGAACGCUGGCAGAGUCCGACAGGCUCCAACUACUGUCGGCCUACAAUGUGUGUCGCGAUGUGCUUCAGGAUAUCUCCACCACUCUGCGCAGGCAUUCUGAGCUGAGCAAGGACAACCCCCAUCUCUUUGCGCGCCUCAAAUGGGGCGCCGAAGACGUCCCAGCGUUGAGGCUACGCAUCAUCUCCAGCACGUCGCUGCUAACUGCGCUCCAAAGCAGUCGACAGUCGUAA